AAGAGGUGUGGCUUAUGGAAGGGGAGGGUUUCCAGCGCCCAGACCUGGAAGGGAUUAGGCGUGGCUUGAGGCGGCCUCGCCACCGCCUACCCGGGUCUGAACCGCGGUGGCCGCGGCGACGGCGGCGGAGGAACUCUACGCUCACUGGCCGAGCUCUCCGCCCAGCAGAAAUCGCAGCUGCAAUCAGCUCCAGGCCGGGGCCAUGGGCGCCCUGCGCCACCCGGGUCAUGAGGACGGAGGUAGAGGCAGCGGGGCAGCCGCUCGAGCCGGAGGACUUUGUGCAGCUACCUGUGCCCACCAUCCAGCAGCUGUAUCACUGGGACUGUGGCCUGGCCUGCUCUAGGAUGGUGCUUCGGUACCUGGGCCAGCUGGACGAUGGGGAGUUUGAAAAUGCCCUGCAGGAGCUGCAGCUGACCAGAAGCAUCUGGACCAUUGACCUGGCCUACCUCAUGCGUCACUUUGGUGUGAGACACCGCUUCUGUACCCAGACUCUGGGUGUUGACAAGGGUUACAAGAACCAGUCCUUCUACAGGAAACACUUUGACACAGAGGAGACCCGAGUGAACCAGCUGUUUGCACAAGCCAAGGCCUGCAAGGUGCAAGUGGAGAAAUGCACAGUGAGUGUACAGGACAUCCAAGCACACCUGGCACAGGGCCACGUGGCCAUCGUGUUGGUGAACUCCGGGGUGCUACACUGUGAGCUGUGCUCCAGCCCUGUCAAAUACUGCUGCUUCACUCCCAGAGGCCACCGCUGCUUCUGCCGCGCCCCCGACUACCAGGGCCACUUCAUCGUUCUGCGUGGCUAUAACAGGGCUACUGGCUGCAUCUUCUAUAACAACCCAGCCUAUGCUGACCCAGGGAUGUGCAGCACCAGCAUCAGUAACUUCGAGGAGGCCAGAACGAGCUACGGCACAGACGAAGACAUCCUUUUUGUCUACCUGGACAGCUGACAGCAGGAGCCUGGCGUGCCAGGUCCUCAGACCCUACGUUCUGUCUCAGCCAGGCCCACUCAGGAUGUCCACACCCGGGGCUGCUGGGGCUGGGGUUCAGAAUUGAAGCCUCGGCCUGUUUGACAAAGCUCGUGGGACCUCUGGCUGCUUUGUCCACCAGUGUCAUCGUGUCAUUUGCCCUACACACCUUAUAGUUCCUGGAGACUGCUCAAGAGCAUCACCUCUCAAGACCCCAAGUCUCAGUCCAGCUGUGCCCAAAGCAAGGGGAGAGGCGAAAACCCUGGGAGAGCAGCGUCUUUGGGAAGAGCAUGUGCAGAUCCAGGCCUGCGGCUCUGGGCCACUCUCAGUUCCAUAGUGGGUGGUGUCACUGCUCUCCUGCCUCCGAUGGACUCAGGACUCCGGGGCCGGUUACUAGGCCUUGUUGUCAUGCAGCUUAAGCAUACCUCACAGCCACUCUGAGGCUCUCUGACCCCUGGCAUGCUGAUGCCUUCUUAGCCUCUAGCUCCCUUCUGUAGAAAGGAAAGCUUUUAGGAACGGGCAGGGCCGAAUGGAUGAGAGCGGAAGAGAAUGUUUUAGGAACAAGGAGUUGACAAGAGACGCCCCAGAGAGCCCCUAGUCCAUGAGGCUCCUGAAUCCAGCUUGAUUUCCCACAGCGAGAUCUGCCCUCUAAAUCUGGGAGCCUUUUGUGGAUGGGUGCUGGAAGGCCGGUGUUCCUAAAACAGCAGGCCGCUUCCCGCCCACCUCACCCCCACCCUGUGUGCACACCAGGAGCAUUUGUACAGAAUACUGGGUCUCUUCUGUCUUGAAGAAAGGCAGUGUCAGAGUCACACAGCACAGCAUGUAACGUCAGCUAGAGCUAGUCAGUUUGCAUUGUUUUGCUGUUGGUAGCGAGAGUGUUUUAGUGAGACUUCAGUUUCCACUGUGUGGGGAUAAGAUAAGAAUAGCUACAGGUACUUUGAAACCACUAACCCUUCUUUACAUGGGGCGCACAGGCCAGUCCACGUUCUUUCUUACUAAGAGAGCUGGUCUGGCCUGGCCAGCAGUCUGCACGCUGAAGCUGCACCAAAGACAAGCGAAUGGGUCACUUCGAAAGAGACGAGGGAACCCACUCCUCAUGGGCUCUCUCGGGUGAAGAGUAAAGGGUACCCCAGUGGCCUCUCACCAUCACUGUCCUCCAGGGGCCUUGACUUUCAGUCCUCAAGGCAUGACGUGGCAGUGGCUGCUUCCCCUACCACUAGCUGCCCCCUCAUGGUAGUCUGGGGGACAGAGGUGGUCUGUGUUUACAAGGGCAGUCAAGACCAUUCACCCAUAUUAUGCAUCGAUAUUAGACGAAGCCCUGGGCUGAAGGGCAGUGCUGUCGGCUAGGCAGCUACUCUGGGUUUCGGAGAGUAGUAUUGGUUUCAGUCUGGUCUCAUUCCCAUUGCCUUAAUGCUGGGUGGUCAGGGCCCCACAGAACUCUGGAUCUAAGCUCAGGAGUACCACACAGAAGCUAUGGAUAUGGGUGUCCUCCGAGGAGGGUCUGGUAUAACUGAGACCGAGCGACAGGAAGAGGUGAAGGCUUCACAGCGAGUGGAUGGGAUGAGGCGUGACACACCGGCCUGAGUGCUCAUGGGAAGUGGCCUCCACAGAAGGAAGCCUUGCCAUCAGAUACUUACCACAGCGUGUGACGCUCAGACUUCUCGCCUUCCUGUGCGGCCCAGUGUAGGCUCUGAGGUCACAUGGAAACUCUAGAUGGUUCUGAUCACUCUAGCCACAGGAGGAUGAAAGGGAUCUUUUACAUAGCAGGGGGUUUUAUACAUAAAUAUAUUUUGUUUGUAAUGAGCCAUUCUCAAUAAAUAUUCUCACCAUGCAGUGGUA